AUGCACCAGACGCCAAAGCAAGUCUGGGCCCACAGAAAUCAGCUAACGGAGUAUCAAGUAUGGGUAGCGUAUCGAGUUGCGGUACGGCAGCUCAACUUGUACCACGAAGGCAAGAAACAUGACAGCAGUUGCAGAAAACUAGCAGUAUGUCAAGGGCAAAAGGAAACGAUGGAGCACAUCUUCUGGAUCUGCGCGAACAGGAAAUCGCCUCCCGUAUCGCCCUCAUUAGUGGAGAAGAUGCAGAAAACAUACCCGGACGACAUUAAGCACAUCAUACGGGAAUGGAAACGCAUCUGGCAUAUCCUGUGCACAAUUUGUCUUACCAGCCUGUGGACACAGCGCAACAGGGUCGUCUUUCAACAAGCCCAGGUGACAGAGGAUUCCAGUGCGACAGAAUUUUGGGGGACGGCAAUGCGUCAGCUGAGAGCGCUGGGGAAACGUGAAUGCCGACAACCGGAGACUCAAUUGCGAGGAACUUAUUUACUUCUAUGCCUGCGGGUACUAGAACAAAAACCACGAGAGCACCCGAGACAGCGGGUGAGCCCCGUACAACCACCGGACUCGCAAGAGGAACCGGCGUUGCUAACCAGGCUUAGGAAAUACCAGACAGCUAGUCGUCGUUAA